CCGACUACUACUACGUCCAGCCGCCGGCGACAUGGAAUUCGCUCCGAAUUCAUUCCCCCGCACGACUUUCCCGGGGUUAGUGGCCGUCCACGUAGUGCGAGCGUGACGCCGAAUCAUAACCCCCACCACCCCGUGCAGCGCCUUUUCGUUUCCCUUCGCCUUUGGAAUCGGCGUCCUCCCCUCCCGUUUGCGCUUCGCGUCGCCGGGCACCGUGAAGGAAAGGAAUUCGGCGGCACGGCGUACGGCGACGUGGAAAGCUCACCAGCAUAAUGCUAUUGUAAUGUAGUGAUGGCUGGCCCCUCCCAAUCACAAUUCGAUCGGGGUCAUUAUUCAAUUCAGUGCGGUCUCCUCCUAAUCCAGCUGCUCCAGCCUAGCUCACGUCGCUUCCAACAGACGCCGCCGGACACCCCCGCCCUGUCCCACAGUCGCAGCGGGAAAGCAAGCCGCGCCGUUUGCCUCGCCGCCGUGCCGUGCCGCGCGCGACCGCCGCGCCAGCCGUUAGCUCCCGACGGCGGCGGCGGGAUCCGAGGCGGGGACUGGGGAGCGGCGACGUGCUACAUGCCUCCAUGGAUCCGGUCGCGGACCCCUCGCCGUCGCGGCGGUCGCUGAAGCGGCGGCCGCCCGCGCGGUCGCCGGAGCUGUCGCCGAAGGCGGGGGGAGGGGAGGCGGCGGAGGAGCUGAUCCGGCGGGUGGAGGAGCUGGAGGCGGCGGCGGCGCGGAUGCGGGGGGAGAAGGAGGCCGCGGAGGAGGCGGCGCGCGGCCUGCGGCAGGAGCUGGACGCGGAGCGGGCCUCCGCGGAGACGGCGGCCAGCGAGGCCAUGCUCAUGAUCGAGCGCCUGCAGCGGGAGAAGGCCGCCGCGCAGAUGGAGGCGCGCCAGUUCAAGCGCUACGCCGAGGGCCGCGCCGACCGGGAGCGCGAGGUCCAGGAGGAGCUCGCCUCGCUCUCCGACCUCGCCGCAUCCUACCACUCCCGCCUCCAGUCCCACGGCAUCGACCCGGACUCCUUCACCGACGAUGAGGAGGAGGAGCCCGACGAGGAGGACGAGGAGGCGGAGCAGUUCGAUAUGGACGCGGUCGUGGUGGAGAGGAACGACGGCGACCUGAGCGAUGGCAUGGAGCUGAAAGCCAUGGUCGUUGACGGCAGUGGCGUCGACGAGAAGGAGCCGUCGUCCCCCGUGGAGAAGGAAUUCGAGUACACGGUGGAUGUUGCUACCUGCGCGAGCACAACGAGGGCGGCUGGGUCGGUGGUGGUGGCGGAGUAUGUUGGGGAAGGGAAUUCAGGGGGAUUGUAUGCGAGGGUCGAGGCGCUGGAGGCAGACAGGGUGGCACUGCGGAGGGAAAUUGCGGCGCUGCGAGCUGAGAGAGCGCAGCUGGUGAUGGCCAGGGAGAUGGCACGGCGGCUGUGCUGGGAGAUGGUUGCUGAGCAGAGAGCCAUUGUGAAGAAACCAGCAGCCCCAGCGAGCAGUUUCUCAGUGCUCAGGAUUUGCAAGUUGACAUUUCUCUCCUCAUCUCCAUUUGUACUUUUUUCCUGUGGGUGCUCUCAAUACUGUUUUGGAGAAACAGAAGUUCUACAGCCAAGUAGGUUAUGUAUGAUGGUUUUAUUGUGCAGUGCCUAUGACGGUCCUUUCCACUCUGAAGCGCAACUGAACUGCUGCUGUGGAUAUUCCGUAGGUAUUCCUUCGGUUUGUCGACUACUUUCCUUGGCCUCCUGCUGCUUCUCGACAGAUCCACGAUGUUGAGUCCCUGGCGACGUCUCCCAAGGCCACAACGAUGAAUACGACCUUCGCCAUCCAACAGCCAAAUGAUUGUAAAUUCAGAGCUUCGAACAAUUGAGCUUUGUUGUGCAUGUGUAUUUGAUUCUUUUUAUGUUUCUUUUUCCUUUUACCACGUACAGUAUUGGAGGUGUACGUUCUGGUUCUGAAGCUUUGAGCUUGCCGUAGUGUGUUAUUCAGACUACUAGGAUUGGAUAGCUUGUGAUCUGGAGCUAACUGACAUGCUCUUUAUAGAGUGUACAUCAUAGUAAUUCGUGGAACCUGAUGUUGUUGCUGUUUGAUGCUAGUGUACAGUGCGUUAUUCUUGCUCUCGAAUUCUUCAGUUA